UUAAAGCUACAUCACACACAUUCACACACACACAUAUACAUACACACAUACAUACAUACAUACAUACACACACACGCUCUAAGACUAAGAACAAGAACAGGAAGAGGAGAGACCAGACAAUAAUUUUCCGAUCGAUGACGUCAAAAGACUGCGGAUCGCACGGGAAAUCUCGCCGGAAAAUAGUUCGCCGGGUAAUAUGGACGAUCAUAUUCUUCCUCUUCAUCGUCCUCCUCGCUAUCCUCCUCGUCUGGGCAAUCCUUCAGCCUUCGAAGCCGAGAUUCGUUCUGCAAGACGCCACCGUAUUCGCCUUCAACGUCUCCGGCAACGUCUUGACGUCGAAUUUCCAGAUCACUUUAUCGUCACGUAACCCUAACGACAAGAUCGGCGUUUAUUACGACCGCCUUGACGUCUACGCUACUUACCGGAAUCAGCAGAUCACUUUCCCGACCGCCAUCCCUCCCACGUACCAGGGUCACAAGGAGAUCAAUGUAUGGUCACCGUACGUGUACGGCACCGCCGUGCCCGUGGCUCCGUACAACGCCGUCGGCCUGGAAGAGGACAAGGAUCACGGCGCCGUUACGGUGACGAUCCGAGCCGACGGAAGAGUCCGGUGGAAAGUCGGGACUUUCGUCACCGGAAAAUACCAUCUCUACGUCAGAUGCCCCGCCUAUAUCAACUUCGCCGACAAACCUGCCGGAGUUAACGCCGUCAAGUACACCUUCACCUCCUCCUGCAGCGUUAGCGUCUGAAAAGCCUUGACGGCGUUAAAUCCAUUUGAUGACGCCUCCGUUAAUACCUUUUUCCUUUUCUAAUUUUUAUUCCCAUCACAGUAUGAAUAGUGCAUUUUGGCAAAUACGACGUUGACGUGGAAAAUAAAUCCAUACAUGAUAGUAAUGUUGUUAUAGCGAUUAUAAUCCAUGGAACAAGAAAUCAUGUCCAAAUUAUGUUAUCAUAGUGAUUGUAAUCCAUACAUACUAGUAAUAAUUUUUUUCGUCAUUUUCAUC